GUUGGUGAAGGGCACAGCGUAUCACUGGGACCUCCUGCUCGUCGCGCUGAUUAACACGGGGCUCUCGGUCUUUGGCCUCCCGUGGAUCCAUGCUGCUUUCCCUCACUCUCCAAUGCACGUCCGCGCCCUGGCCUACGUGGAGGAGAGGGUUGAAAACGGACACAUCUACGAGACGAUUGUGAGCGUGAAGGAGACCCGGCUGACAAGUCUAGUGGCAAACUUCUUGGUUGGCCUCUCGCUCCUGCUCCUUCCUUUCCCUCUCCAGUGGAUCCCCAAACCAGUCCUCUAUGGCCUCUUCCUCUACAUCGCGCUGACCUCCAUUGAUGGGAACCAGCUCUUUGAAAGGGUGGCUCUCCUGCUCAAGGAACAGACUGCUUAUCCUCCGACACAUUACAUCCGCAGAGUGCCCCAGAGGAAGAUCCACUAUUUCACAGGCUUGCAGGUCCUGCAGCUCCUCAUCCUCUGUGGUUUCGGCAUGUCACCGCUGCCCUACAUGAAGAUGAUCUUCCCACUCAUCAUGAUAGGGAUGAUCCCUAUCAGGUAUAACCUGCUCCCUAGGAUCAUCGAAGCCAAGUACUUGGAUGCUAUGGAUGCCGAGCACUAAACGGGGUCCUCUGCAUGCAGAGCAGCGAGGACAGCACUUUUGGAGCUGGAAGGAGGCUUUGCUGAGGCGUAGAACAAUCUCUCUGCAGUUCUUUCUCUCACCACUUUCUUUCUGCUCUAAAACAGCAUUGGUAAUGCACACAUAGCAAAGACCAGUCGAGCGUUGAAGUGUCAGACCAAAACAGCCUUGGACUUGGGAGGCCGAUGCUCUUUGGAGCCGUGAGCUUUAUGGAAAUGCUACUUUCCACAUCCCAAAACUGGAAACCCCAAAGAUCAGCAUGUCCGUGCAGCUGGAGCAUGCGUUCUCAGAGUUGUUGUGUGUUCCCUUGUUUGAG